CGUCACUGUUCACGCUCCUCCAAGUUUGCAUAAACCCCGCAACAAACGUUCACUUUCUUGCAGUCUCCGAUAGGUCAACGCCGGCUGCCACCGUCAAAAAGUCAAACACCCGCCAAGAUAGCUGGAGCACUACGGUGUCUCCGUUAAGAUAAGUAACCGAGUCGCUGUCGUUUAGAUUAAUUCUGUACUGCUUUGACCUGACUCUUUGAAUCUCUUACAGUCUUACUCUGGUGAACCAUGAAUAUCAAGACCAAGUCUUUUUCGAUUGUAAUUCCAGUUUUCAAGUUUCAACUCCGUUAUUUUCUUUCUGUCAUAAUUUCUUCAUCAUAAAUUUUAUCUUCAACUAGUACCAUUCUCUGAGUUUGUGGAGUUUCCUGGAUGUUAUGCUUGAAACAUUGUUUAGAAGACUAGGCCAACGGGUUCUACAAAUUGUACCCUUCUUAUUCCGUAAUUGCCAAAUAAAAUCUUGGAGAGUAUUCACAAGCUAAUCUUCCGUAAUAACAAAGACUAAUUCUUCAUAAGGACUUUCUAGAAAUAUACCGUAAGAAAUUGAGAUUGUAAUGUUCACCAACACUAGUCCUGUUCUGCUCACCAAGAAGAAUUUUACGUUUUGAUGUCAAUUUAGUUUGUUAUGUUUGAACUUUGAACUAGUUCAGCAAUACUGCACUCCGAGUCCUUGAGAAAUUUCCUGGUAAUGUUACACUAGUCUUGUUAUCCUUUGUUUAUUCCAUUAUUGCCAAACGAAACCGUUAGUCAAUUGCUAUGACUUCCUCUUUUGUAGCAUUGAUCCUUUCUUUGUCUUUCUCUCAAAGUUAUAUUGUACGAUACACUAUUUUAAGUAUAUGAUCUUGUCAGAGUGUCAAUUACUUUUGGUUUAUUUUACUCUGUUUAAUUUGAAGUUUUCCUCAUCCUCCUGCAGAUAGCAUGCUUGUUUUCUAAGAAUUUUUCCAAUUUUGUCAGAUGUCCUUGAUGGAACUCAUUUUUCAAUUAUGUUUACAUCAGACCAAACACAAGUAGUGUCUGUUCUUUCUGCAUUUAAAGCUUUCCAAUGCCUACGUAUAUAAUGGGUUGUUUGUUGUUGUUAUUCUACCAUCAUUUGGGUGUGACCUUAGUACAAAACCAGAUUAAGGCAUUCUAAAGAUUCCAAAUAUGAUGAAGAAGAACCAUACCAACCUUCACCUUCUUAUCUCUAUCUUUUUCCUCUUUACUUUCUGUUCAUGGGUUUCCUUAGCCCUGGCACAAUCUGAAACCAUUAUCCCAGUGAAUGUGGGGGUUGUUCUCGAUGACCUUAAGUAUUCAUUGACCAAGGAUAUUUGGUUGCGUUGCAUGAAAAUGGCUCUCGCAGACUUCUAUGCUACUCAUGCUCACUACAACACUAGGCUUGUUUUGAACACUAGGCACUGCAGAGAAAGUGUUGUCAGUGCAGCUGCUGCAGCUCUAGAUCUGAUAAAGAAUGAACGAGUGAAAGCCAUCAUAGGGCCAGUGACAUCCAUGCAGACGAGCUUUGUCAUUAAUUUUGGAAACCAGGCUCAUGUACCUAUUAUAUCAUUUUCUGCUACAAGCCCUUCUCUUACUUCUCUCCGGAUCCCCUAUUUCUUUCAAUUUGCACAAACUGACUCAUCCCAAGUGGAAGCCAUUAGUGCAAUUGUUCAAGCCUUUGGAUGGAGACAAGUCGUGCCUAUCUAUAUAGAAACUGAGUAUGGGGAGGGAAUCAUACCAUACUUAACUGACGCCUUGCAUGAGGUAAAUGCUCGUGUCCCAUACCGAAGUGUCAUUCCCUCAUCAGCCACUGAUGGUCAAAUAGUUCAAGAACUUUCCAAGUUGAUGACAAUGGAAACCAGAGUCUUCAUUGUCCACAUGACAACUGAUCUAUCCUCUAGAUUAUUUGUCAAGGCAAAAGAGAUUGGGAUGAUGAGUAAAGGGUAUGUAUGGCUCACUACUAAUGAGAUACUUAAUAGAUUACAGUCACAAAAUUCUACUGUCAUUGAUUCCAUGCAAGGUGUACUGGGUGUACAAACUUUUGUUCCACUAACACCAGAGCUUGACGAACUCAAGAUACGGUUGAAACAGCAAUUCCAUACACACAAUCCAGCCAUUAGUGCUGAAUUGGAUGUUUUUGGACUUUGGGCUUAUGAUGCUGUUUUUGCAGUGGCCAUGGCAAUUGAACAAGUAAUUGGAACUCCAACUAGCUUUCCCUUCCAAGAGUCAAAUGCUGCUUCCAUCAACUCGACAGAUCUUGAAGGUUUUCCAGUCUCUCAAUAUGGGCCAAAACUUCUCAGAGCUCUGUCAACUGCUAGAUUUGAAGGGAUAGCUGGACAUUUCACGGUUGUUGGUGGGAAACGCAACUCAUCAAAUUUUCAGAUAGUCAGUGUGAAUGGCGGUGGAGCAAGAACAAUUGGAUUUUGGACACUCAAAGGCCUUGUGAAAACAUUGAAUUCAUCAGCAGGCUCGAGGAAAAUUUCAAGUUCCAAAUUUGACUUUGGACCUAUUAGGUGGCCGGGAGAUUCUCUAUCUGUUCCCAAAGGAUGGGAAUUCCCAACAAAAGGAAAGAAAUUGAGAAUUGGAGUUCCUGUCAAGGUUGAUUUUACUGAGUUUGUUAAGGUAGCAAAAGACAGAACCAACACAACGGUUGUCACAGGCUUCAGUGUUGAUGUAUUUAAGGCUGCAGUGAGACUAUUACCAUAUGCUCUUUCUUAUGAGUUCAUUCCCUUUGCAAACCCUGAUGGCACCAGUGCCGGCACUUACAAUCAGUUGUGCUAUCAAGUAUAUCUUGGGAACUUUGAUGCUGUGGUGGGAGAUACAACUAUUAGAGCAGACAGGUCAUUAUAUGUGGACUUUACAAUGCCAUACUCAGAAUCUGGUGUAGCAAUGGUUGUGCCAGUCAUCGACUUCAAGAGCAAACAUGUAUUGGCUUUCUUGAAGCCUUGGACAUGGGACCUGUGGCUAACAAUUUGUUUUUUCUUUGUCUAUAUUGGUUUUGUGGUUUGGGUUCUUGAACAUCGAAUUAAUAAAGAAUUCCGUGGCCCUCUCUUACAUCAAGUUGGCACCAGUGUCUGGUUCUCGUGCUCAACCAUGGUGUUUGCACAUAGAGAGAGACUUGUUAGCAACUUGGCUAGAUUCGUUAUGAUUAUCUGGGUUUUUGUUGUGCUUAUAUUGACCAUAAACUACACAGCCAGUUUAUCGUCAUUGUAUACAGUUGAACAACUGCAGCCAACAGUUACUGACAUAGAGGUUCUAGUAAGGCAUCAGGAUAAUGUAGGCUACAUAAAAAAUUCUUUUGUUUACGAUCUCUUGAAACAAGUAGGUUUUGAUGAUUCUAAGCUCAAGAAUUUUGAAACAAUGGAAGAAAUUGAUGAAGCUCUUUCAAAAGGGACUGUGAAUGGUGGUAUUGCUGCUUUUGUUCAUGGAACCCCCAAGAUGAAGCUUUUUCUUGCCAAAUAUUGUUUUAAAUAUACCAUGAUUGGACCCAUCUUUAAAACUGAUGGAUUUGCCUUUGUGUUUCCGAAACGUUCCCCACUUGUAGCCGAUGUUUCACAGGCAGUCCUAAACAUGACCGGAGGAGACGAAGUAUUGAAUCUUGAAAAGGAAUGGUUCAAGAAAGAAUCCAAUUGUCAAGACUCAAGUGAUGCAACAGUUUCUAGCAAUAGUCGUGGGCUUGGUAGCUUUUGGGUCUUGUUCCUCAUUGCCGGUUUGGCUUCAGUACUUGCUAUAAUUAUAUUUGUAGCUUCCUUCAUUUAUAAGCAUAGGUUCGUGUUAGUGCAACCAGCUGAUUCAGAACCCUCAACAUGGAGAAAGAUCCGAGCUCUGUUCAAAAUUUUCAUUGAAAAAGACCUCGACUCUCACACUUACAAAAGGAGUAAUCGACAAAGAGAUGCAGUUAUGGACUCACCAAACAACUUCCCAGGAACUUUAGUCCACCACAAUUCGGAUCACACUGAUCAGAUGAACUCUUUGUUUAUUGGAGAUCAACAAAUAAGCUCAAUUGUUGAAGCGCCUUCAGACGAACUACUCCCUUCAACUACUGAGGUUGCGAUCACAGUUCAAGAAAUGCAUAGAACUACUUCUAACACAGCUCAAGAAUACAAUUGAUCAGUGUCACAUACAUACAUUACAUCAUUUAUUAUCUAAGUAGACAGAAGAAAGGUCGCAUAACAAGACCAGACCCACUUCUAUCCAAUUCAUUCUCGUAGUUUUUGAUAAGACCUUUUUUAACUCUUACAUAC